UCCAAUGAAUGAAAGGGGUGGGGCCAGGAACACUCAGUGCAAGACUAAAGGGAGGAGCCUCUACACCUGUGCAAGACUGAAGGGGAGGAGCCGGUACACCUGUGCAGGACUGAAGGGGAGGAGCCGGUACACCUGUGCAGGACUGAAGGGGAGGAGCAGGUACACCUGUGCAAGACUGAAGGGGAGGAGCCGGCACACCUGUGCAAGACUGAAGGGGAGGAGCCGGCACACCUGUGCAAGACUGAAGGGGAGGAGCCGGUACACCUGUGCAAGACUGAAGGGGAGGAGCAGGUACACCUGUGCAAGACUGAAGGGGAGGAGCCGGCACACCUGUGCAAGACUGAAGGGGAGGAGCCGGUGCAAGACUGAAGGGGAGGAGCCGGUAAACCUGUGCGAGACUGAAGGAGAAGAGCAGGUACACCUGUGCGAGACUGAAGGGGAGGAGCCGGUACAUCUUGCGAGACUGAAGGGGAGGAGCCGGUACACCUGUGCGAGACCGAAGGGGAGGAGCCGGUACACCUGUGCGAGACUGAAGGGGAGGAGCCGGUACACCUGUGCGAGA